AUGCACUUAAAGAAGACCAAAACCAAGCUAAUGGAGCGUGUUAUGCCCUUAAAAGAGAAGCCAAUCUAUAUGGUGCAGACCAUAGCGGCCAAGUACAACCAUCGUGUACUCUACACGCCACCAUAUCACCCAGAGCUUCAGCCGAUAAAGCUCAUUUGGGCCACAGUGAAAGGUAGAAUUGCCAGGGCCCCUCCGAAAAAUGCCAACGAUACUGUCGAAAAGGUCAUUGCUGGGCUGAACGCCAUCACGGCGAAGGAGUGGGUCAGCGUGUACAGGCAUGAUCAAGGUUUCGAGAAUAUGUACGCCGAGCGUGCCCAAGAAUCGGCAGAAUGGCUGCGGAAGAAAGGGUGCCUAUUUAAAUAA